GCACUCCACAUUUUCCCCAUGCCUUCCCUCGUUCACCACAUCGGCACCCUGGCGCAAGAUAUCCAACCCGGCGUAAUCUCAUGAACUCCCAUCCCCGACUCGCCUCCCAAUUCCGGAUCUUGCACCCCCACUUUUAUUAAAAACCCACCCCUCUAAUCUCUCAUUCUUUCACCAAAAAUCCAAACAGAAUGAUGGGCCCUGAAAAUCAUCACCCCUUUGAAGACUCUCAUGUCUUCGCAUCGCGCGAAGAGAUGGAAAAUCUCAACCUCGACGACAACGACGACCACAACAACCACAGCGGCCGCUCCCAAAUCAACUCCUACGCCGAAGACUACCGGAGCGCCAUGUCAUCGAUCUCUGAUCUCCACCACCCGUUAUCAUCAUCGCCAUCACUGGCCCCAUCCGUUGUAGUCACCCGCAGCGACGACAGCAACAGCAACAAUAACGAUAACAAUAACCAAAACAACCACAGCGAUCCUUUACUGUCGCCGCCUUCCCCUAUAAAUUCCCCAAAGGCACCUCCCUUUUCGGAUACUUCCUACCUCGAUCCCCCUUCGUAUGCUGACAUCAUCUUCAGCCCCUCCAACGGAAGAUCGCCCUCGCCGUCUGCUUCUUCGACCUCCGAAUACAUCAAAAUUACGGUGGCUGACCCUCAGAAGGAGCAGGAAAUGACGAACUCCCUCGUCCCUGGGUCGAACACCUAUGUCACUUAUCUGAUCACGACGCGGAGUAAUAUGCCGGAAUUUGGUGUGUCGGAGUCGAGUGUCCGUCGCCGGUUCAAAGACGUUGUGACGUUGGCUGACCGGCUGGCGGAUUCCUACAGGGGGUUCUUCAUCCCGCCUCGGCCGGACAAGAAUGUGGUCGAGAGCCAGGUCAUGCAGAAGCAGGAGUUUGUGGAGCAGCGGCGGACUGCGCUUGAGAAGUACCUUUGCAGGCUGGCGGCCCACCCGGUUAUCAGGAAGAGUGAGGAGCUGAGGGUGUUCUUGCAGGUGCAGGGAAGGCUGCCGCUGGCGCCGACCACGGACGUCGCGUCACGAAUGCUUGAUGGGGCCGUGAAGCUGCCGCGACAGCUGUUUGGGGAGGCGGCCGCAGGGGCCGUCCAAGUGCAUGAGGUGGUGCAGCCAGCGAAGGGUGGUAGGGAUCUGUUGAGGAUCUUUAAGGAGCUGAAACAGUCGGUGGCGAAUGACUGGGGGGGUGUGCGGCCCGCCAUAGUGGAAGAGGAUAAGGAGUUUUUGGAUAGGAAGGAGAAGAUGCAGGAUCUGGAGCAGCAGCUCAGCAAUGCGUCGCAGCAGGCUGAAGCACUUGUUAAAGCUCAGCAAGAUAUUGGAGAAACCAUGGGAGAGUUGGGAUUAGCGUUUGUCAAACUAACAAAAUUUGAGACAGAGGAGGCUGUGUAUAAUUCUCAGAGAAUACGAUCUGCUGAUUACAGACAUGUGGCAACGGCCGCUGUUAAAGCAAGUAGGCUGUAUCGCGAGUCAAAUGCACAGACAGUCAAACAUUUGGAUACACUCCAUGAAUAUCUAGGAUUAAUGUUGGCUGUCCACAGUGCAUUCUCGGACCGUUCCAGUGCUUUAUUGACUGUACAAACACUUGUAUCAGAAAUAUCUUCUUUGCAUUCAAAGGCUGAAAAACUUGAAGCUGCAUCAUCAAAAAUAUUUGGUGGUGAUAGGUCUAGGAUCCGGAAAUUGGAGGAGGCGAGAGAAACAAUAAGAGUCACAGAAGAUGCUAAAAGUUGUGCAAUCAGAGAAUAUGAACGAAUCAAGGAAAACAACAGGAAUGAACUUGAGAGGCUUGAUCAGGAAAGACAUGAUGACUUCUUGACCAUGCUGAAAGGGUUUGUUGUUAAUCAGGUUCCCCGUGUCUCGACGCUGUGUCGGUUAUGCGGAGAAGAUAUCAAAUGUGUGGGCAAAGGUUGCAGAGGAGACAAGCGGGUAUGCAAAAGAGAAUCCAUGAACUCUUGUAUAUUUGAGUUUUGGCCAUUAUCUCUCUUCUAGCAUUUGAUGCAUGUACACUAGUAUGAAUAAUGACCCAACAAUAAACAGCAAAAAAAAAAAUAAAAAAUAUCAUGCAGUAGAAAUUUCAAAGCAAUGAUCAUUGAAGUUUGAAUCUUUUUUCA